UGACGCUGUGAAGUAAACACCGACCUUUGUUUCCGGUGAUGGCCGCAGGACCCGUGUUCAAGGAAGAAAGAGGCUCCAGUCAGUGAACUUUGAUGGUUCUGGACAAAGAUGGAUAACCCGACGGCAAAUAAGAGCCAACUUCCCUGUCCCUCGUGGAUGACCCAGAAUGGCUGGUCAGCAGCUUCGUCUCAAGGACCGCUCAUCAACCCGCUCUCCACGUCUUAUGACCACAUGCAGGCGCCCAAUCAGAGCUGUACGAGCAACUUGAGCUCCUUAUCUUCCAGAAACAACCCUCAUGCUGCCAUGUACAAAGGCUCUCCUAUUGUCAGCAUGCCAUCGUCCAGCUCGCUGUUUGCCACAGAUAUCCCAAAUCUCUCCCAGGCCAUUUCCUUCGGUCAGCAAAACCAUCACCCUUCAUCGAUUAUGGUAACAGCGACUCAAGGAAAAAACGUCACCUCAUCAUCUCUGCGCCAAUCAAACCAAGGACUGCAGCCUUGUAGGCCGCAGCAUUUAUCUGUCCUCUCACCCCACGACCCCUUCAAGGCAUUUCAAAAUCCGAUAUCCAGUCAGGGCUUGAGUGGGAUUCAGGAUCUACGCCCCAGCCUACCGUCAUGCAGACAGCAUCAAGCUGCUUUUGAAGGAGAAAACAUGGAGUCAGCUCAUGUUCGAGGAAACACUCAAAGUUACGUGUCAUCUGCCUCUCAGGAGCAGCCUCAGUGGGUUCCUCCAUCACAGUGUAGAGCAGGAGCUGUAAAUGACUCCGUUCACGCCAACAAAGAUGCAAAUAAAUCGACUUUGGCCAGUCAUGAAAAACGGCGUUCAGAUGUUUUACAGCAGCGCGCUCAGCUGCUCAAACAGCUGGCAGAGAUGGACAAACUUCUGGAAGCUCUGCCACCUGAUAACAGCAGUGAUGGGCAGCCGUCCGUGGAUGAUCCAGCCCACUGUGAUCAGACUGCAGAGAGGUCAAAGUCCCAUCGUUCAGCAGAUUCUUCACCUUCAUACGAUGACGAGCAAAACGACGCCUGUGAUACGCCAGAAGAUCCGGCAUCACCUGCAGAAUCAGCUAAAAAGGACACAGCUUCUGACACGUCGGGGGAGGAUGAUGAUCGUGAUUACUUACCUGGCAGUGAUGCAGAGUCCAAAGAAGCGUCUUCAGAUGAAUCUAGUCACAGCAAUCCAGCGUCCCCCGCGAGCGAGGAACCCGCCUCAGAGGAGCAAAAAUCAGGAAGUUCUUCGGCUAAAAGUGUCACUCCUGUAAAUAAGACCCCUAUGAUUAGUCAGGCAGCAGCAUCACAGACUCCUGUGUUACCAGCUACCAGACGAACAAAUUCAAAGUAUCGCGUUUACGACAAAAGGAAUUACUGCCUGUUUUGCUCCAAGUGUGUCUUAAAACUGUCGCGGCAUCUCGAGUUACUUCACAGUGACAGACCGGAGGUUGCUGCAGCAUUUCAGUAUCCCAAACACUCCAAGGAAAGACAGAAUAUAUGGAAAAAACUAAGAAACCAAGGAAACUUUGAACAUAAUAAAAAAGUUCUGAAAACAGGAGAGGGAGCUCUUGUUGUACGACAGAGACCGAAGGUGGCCGGACGGGCCAAAGACUUUCUGCCCUGUCUUCACUGUCAUGGUCUUUUGUGAAGAGAAACCUGUUCAAACACAUG